CUUCGAUAUUUUGAACCAAGUUACAGGGGAUCUUCUCUGGAAGCACGAAUGUCAGAACAUUACGAGUGAGAAUAGUGUAAAGUGCUUCUUUCCUCAACUUAUACGAGUACCUACCUACUUACAAAUAUGCAUCAGCAAAUUUCACAAAAGAUGAUAUUUCUAUUUUUGUUUCUUUUUACGAUUGCAAAAAAUAUCGAUAUAUUAUCUGCAAAACCGAUGAUUAAACCUGCAAUGUUGACAUCUGAAAAACAAAUGACCGGAAUUCCAAUAACGUCACACAUGCCUGCGGAUCAUGAAAACAGAACAGAUACAUUAUCUAAAAAACCGACGAAUGAAACUGCAAAAAUGACAUCUGAAAAUCAAACGACUGAAAUGCCAAUAACAUAUAAAGGACAAAACGUAACACAACUCGAGGUAAAAGUUUCAGCUUACCAGUUUAACUUCAUGAAUUCUACAUUCAAUCUACAUGUACAUUAUCACAACUACACAGAGGGCUGUGCUGACAAAAAUCAAACCACGAACAGUACAAGUUACAUUACAGGUCAUCCUGGAUUCUCAAACACUACAACGUCAACUUUCAAUUUACCUGAAGCCUAUAACGUCACAAGUGUUGAUGAUUUUGUAAGCAGAAUACCAGAUGCUUCUGAACAAACUAUUAAACUAUUAAAGCUCAUGUAUGGAGCAAUUGUUGAAGCUGUCAAAACCCAGAUAAAAUAAAUUUCGGGAUGUUUUGAAGAAUUCAUCAGAGUACCUCAAACAAGUUUACGAACUCAUCCAAAUAAAAAUUGAAUAAAUACUCGUAUAUCAAUAAACGGAUAUCUAUACCUACCUAUUUAAACUAAUUAUUAUGAUAAAUGCAAUGUUGCAAAUUUGAUAGUACCUAAGACGAAUUCUCAAUCGUUAAUUGUAACGAAUGCAAUAUGUACCUACCUAAUUUAUUCUCUUCUUUGUCAAAUGUAGGUAUAAUUUCGUCACAUACUUGGAGUAAAGAUCAACCGAGAAACCCAAGUUUAUAAUUUAUAUCUAAUGAUGUUGUUUAUACUUUACUCAAUUGAUUACGCAUAUAUGUAUGUUACAGAUAAAUUAUAUUUUCGAGAUCUCAUCGUGAGGUUAAUUGACAAUUAUCGAGCGUGUUAAAUCGGCAAACUCGUCAUAAAUUUUUAUGUACUAUUCUAAACUGUUUGUUAAUUUGCGUGUAACGUAUCACCUAUUUGACUUUAUGGCAAAUAUAAAGUAAGACUGCC